AUGUAUUCGGCCUUGCAUCAUCGCCCGAGUCUCAUAGUAAGCUACAACUAUUGACAUGGCGCAAACAUCACAAUGCCGAUUCCCAUUAUAUCACAUGGCGUGACCGAAGGACUGUCAGCAAUCCCCUACGCAUGGACAGUCAUCAAGGUCGCGCUGGUCGUCGGCACGGUGGCUCUGCUGAAGUACUUCUUCAGCGGAGCUCGCAACACCUCCGAACGAUUGAUGCACUCGAAGGUGGUUAUGGUGACGGGUGGAACAUCUGGAAUCGGAGCCGCAAUCGUGCACGACCUUGCCUCGCGGGGUGCCCAGAUCAUCCUUCUCACACAACACGCACCUUCCGACGUGUUCCUAGUCGAGUACAUCGAGGACUUGCGCGAAUCGACCAAUAACGAACUUAUCUACGCCGAACAAGUUGACCUAACAUCUCUCCACUCAAUCCGAACGUUCGCAACGAAAUGGGUCGACAAUGCACCACCGCGACGUCUCGAUAUGAUCAUUCUCUGCGCCAAUACCCUCACACCAACACGCGGCCCACAGCGGCUGACGCCCGAUGGGCUGGAUGAGGAGUGGCAGGUGAAUUACCUAGCCAAUUUCCAUCUCCUCAGCAUCCUAAGUCCGGCCAUCAAGGCGCAGCCGUUUGAUAGAGACGUCCGGAUUAUUUUCAGUACUUGCUCGAGUUAUAUGGGCGGCACGAUAGAUUUGCAGCGGACAGAGGGGGCAUUACCAGACACGAAAUCGACGAGCCGGUCGACGACAAAGAAAGCAAAAAAAGGCAGUUCGGUUCAGAAGGCAAAGAAUGCGUCGAGCAUAUACGGCAUGACAAAGCUCUCGUUGAUGGUAUUCGCACAGGCUUUCCAGAAACAUCUUUCUUCGUACAAACGACCAGAUCUGCAGCCUAUGAAUGCCCGUGUUAUCAUCGUCGACCCUGGCUUCAGCCGUACGCCAGGCACGCGACGCUGGAUUACGGGAGGGACUCUCUGGGGUCUUUUAGUUUAUCUUGUCACAUGGCCAGUAUGGUGGCUCAUCCUGAAGUCCUCGCAACAAGGAGCACAGAGUUUCCUGUAUGCAGCUAUGGAUGGGAAAUUCGGUAGAGUCGAUGGGAUAGGUGGAUGGCUAGUCAAAGAGUGUCGCGAAGUCGACUACAUGCGUAAGGAAGUCAAGGACGAAAAAGUUGCCAAACAGCUCUGGGAAUUCAGCGAACAGCAGAUUCAAGCAAAGGAAAAAGAAGCGGCGACAAAACGGGCGUUGGCGAAAAAGGAAGACGAGGCCAAGAAAAAACAAGAGGCUUCAAAUCCAGGCGUGGGUGCUGGGGACUCCUCAGCAUCGUCGUCCAAUGUUACAAAGGCACAGACACCUGGGUCGAGAAGGAACAGGAAGGCCAAUAACACUCAAAAUUAAAGCAUCCGAAUCAAAGCAUCGCAUAUGGGUUAUAGCACAGCUAAAUUAGAACUAAAUUAUCAGAAC